AGACAGUGGGCGGGAACUCUGAGCUCAUCUGCUCUCCUCCGGUUCCAACGGCUAGCUUGAGCUAGCUUAGUCAACUCAGAGUAGGUUGACUCGGAGUUAAAUAAAGGGGUCAAUAAUGUGAUCCAACAUGGACACAUGCCAAAAAAAACGCUCCGCCUACUUCACGCCAUUGGAGCUGGAGAUUUUAACUGAGUCGUACAGCGCCUUUGAAGACAUCUUCCAAAGGAAAAGUAACAGUGUGGCGGCGGUGAAGGAGAGAGAAGCCGCAUGGCGGACCAUCGCGGACCGCGUCAAUGCCUGUAAUCUUUCCAGCGAAAAACGUACGUGGUCGCAGCUUAAAAUGAAGUAUAAGAACAUUAUUCAAACAGCCAACAGGAAAAAGGCAGAGGUGAGAAGAGCGAGUGGAGAGCGAGCACCGUUGCUGUCACCGGCACGUCCUCAAAAAGAAGAGGAAGAAGAGAUGGCCGUGAGUCAGGACACUGGAACCAUUCAAGGAAUCAAGGAACGUCGUCGGCCAGUACUGGAUGGACUACGUGGAGGGAUUUCAUCACAGCCACUCGCUCCUCAAGACACAAGUGCCUUUGUCAAAUAUUGUGAUGGUGUAAUCUGCCUUGUGGAGCCCAAUACUUUGACAGACCUCAUUGUAGCUGAUGAGGACGUUAAAGACUCCAUGUCUGCAAGUACGGCGUGGGAAUUUGAACUUUCUCAUGCGGAGGCAGAGAAUGAGGACGCUAGAGAUACUGGGUCGGCUUCUACGGAGUGGGAAUCUGAACCUCCUUCUGCAGUGAGCAACGCUGCACACCAGGAAAAUGACUCCUCCACCUCAUCGGCAAAGAUUGACACUUUACCAGUUAAAGACUUGUACAAAAUGCAUCUUCUCAAGAAAAUGGAAAAAAAUGACAAAGAAAUAAUGUACCUGGAUCUGCAAAUGAAGAAAACAGACCUUGAAAUUGAAAUUCUCAAACACAAGUUAGAGAUAACUGAUGGGAUCACCUCCCAGACCUCCAUUAACUCCCAGACAGUCUGUCGCGGGACGUGGCGGCUGAAGAUGGAACAAGGCGUGACGCCCCGACAGUCUGUCGCGGGACGUGGCGGCUGAAGAUGGAACAAGGCGUGACGCCCCGACAGUCUGUCGCGGGACGUGGCGGCUGAAGAUGGAACAAGGCGUGACGCCCCGACAGUCUGUCGCGGGACGUGGCGGCUGAAGAUGGAACAAGGCGUGACGCCCCGACAGUCUGUCGCGGGACGUGGCGGCUGAAGAUGGAACAAGGCGUGACGCCCCGACAGUCUGUCGCGGGACGUGGCGGCUGAAGAUGGAAGAAGGCGUGACGCCCCGACAGUCUGUCGCGGGACGUGGCGGCUGAAGAUGGAACAAGGCGUGACGCCCCGACAGUCUGUCGCGGGACGUGGCGGCUGAAGAUGGAACAAGGCGUGACGCCCCGACAGUCUGUCGCGGGACGUGGCGGCUGAAGAUGGAAGAAGGCGUGACGCCCCGACAGUCUGUCGCGGGACGUGGCGGCUGAAGAUGGAACAAGACGUGACGCCCCACUGAGGCUAGAUUGGAUCAAGUCGGGGGAAGGAACGGACCGCCAUCCAUAAUCCAGAUGUUUUUGUCAUGCAGGAACCGUUAACACCACUGGCAAGGAACCUGGGGCCCAAUCUACCAUGGAUCUCCUCAUAACAUACUGGUAGUCAGGGUACCUCUCGCUAACACAAGCAGGUGUUUGAGGAUUUACUUCCCCAGGAUGUCUCAGGCAAGACUCUCUCACUGUCUAUGGCGGUAUAGCUCGGUUGGUAGAGUGGCCGUGCCAGCAACUUGAGGGUUGCAGGUUCGAUCCGACGCCAUCCUAGUCACUACCGUUGUGUCCUUGGGCAAGACACUUUACCCACCUGCUCGCAGUGCCACCCACACUGGUUUAAAUGUAACUUAGAUAUUGGGUUUCACUAUGUAAAAGCGCUUUGAGUCACUAGAGAAAAGCGCUAUAUAAAUAUAAUUCACUUCACUAUCUGAGCAGUUAAUAGGUUGUAUUCAGUCACAUGAUUUGUUUUCUUACGUCCACCAAACCAACAUGGCUACUGUGCAGCAAACAGAGUACACAAGGGGCCUAGAUCUUACGACUAAAAGCAGAUUUGAGCAAAAACAUCAAACCUUGCAAUAAAAUCAAUAGUUAUCGCAAAAAGAUUUAAGUGAUCUCAAGGACUGUCAGUCCCGUUCAGAACUAUCUGGUGCUCCAGAUGCCAUUCUACACGACAAAACAGAUGAAAAGCUGGAAAAGCACAGAGGUCUACAACUUCUUUGUGUGUGGCUGGGUCAUGGAAAUUGCUAUCAAGACUCUCCCGGAUAAAUCAUGCAUCAUUUUUGCUCAGCUAAUGUUGCAUUUCGUGAUUUACUUUGCGUCCUUGUAAACAAACUGCAAGUAGUACCACUUGAUUCACUCUUUUAUUUUCCCAUCAUGUUAAUUGCUCAUAAAGAUAAUCGGGGACACCACUAAAGACCUGGUUGGUUGUCACAGAAGACGGAGAAGUGAUCGCAGCUCACUAACUGCAUGGCUGGGUAAGUUUUGGCCUUGUUGCUGGCAUUGUCACGAGUAGGGUAAGGUUUUCCCCGUCUUUAUCAAAAUAUAACUAUAACUUUCAACGUUGUGUGUGUGUGCUGAAAAUUCAUUUAUGAUUGCUGCCAUCAGUGUGUGAAUGUGUGUGUGUGAAUGUGGAAAUAGCGUCAAAGCGCUUUGAGUUCCUUAGAAAGGUAGAAAAGCGCUAUACACGUACAACCCAUUUACCAUUUAGUAAAAGCUUAACUCGUUUAGGUUUUGUCCACGUUUGCUUUCUUUUAUUCAGACUUGCAGAGUUGGUGCGUUACGAAACACUUGUGGCGUUUACAACAAAUAUCAAGAUGAUACUUCAAUGGGAAAUACUGCAGGUUUAAAGUACAUCAAACAAAGUGAUCACUGCAAACGUGAAAGUUCUCCCACUCUGCUCCCUUGGACUGCAGUCUUUUCGUAAAAUCUUGCACUCUUUUGUCCUUCUUUAUUACGUCUCAAGUUUUAACUCUAAACAAACUUUUAUCUUUUUCGCAAUUUGAACGGUUCUAACAGCCUAAAACAACGCAAGCAUGGGCCUUUUUUUUUUUUUUUUUUGAGAAAGCCAAAAUGCCGCCCAGAAUUCUUUGACAACAGACGCUCGCUUGACCACCACUUCCAGUCUCGCAUAGUUAAUGAGCCAGACGUGACAUUAGUUGAAUACAACCUUUACAUGUAAAGUGUUAGGUUUAAUUCCUAAAUCAUAUCAAACAUUUUGUUACAAAAAGCUUACAUAGCACAAGUGUGCAACGGCUCGUCCUCUUGCAUGCAUGCUGCUCGUUCCUGGAAACCAAGCGGUGUCGGUGCUGAUGUUAAAGCCAGAGGAAGUUCAGAACUGAGUCAGCGGACUGUUAUUCGUCCUCAGCACCUGCAGCUUUCCGUGCGCCCUGGUUUCUUGGCUGUACUGUUAAGGAUCCAGAUUGCUUCCACUUUGCAAUAACCUCUUUUACAGUUGAUUCUGGAAUCUUCAGCUGGGAAGAAAUUUCACUGACUGACUUGUUGCAAAGGUGGCAUCCAAUUACGGUGCCAUGCUGAAAUUCAGAGAGCUCCUUAGAUUCAUCCAUUUUUUCAAGUUGUCUGCAAUGGGACUGAAUGAAGCACUGGAAUUCAACAAGUACUUUGUCCUUGUAGUGUGUAUGCCACUAAAAGACAAGAGAGGGAUCAAAAGUGGCUAGUUAUCAACAAAGACUGAAUGAAGCAGUUUUCUUAGAUGGGUGUAAUAGAAUAUACAGUUAGGUCCAUAAAUAUUUGGACAUUGACACAAUGUUCAGUAUUCCAGCUCUGUGCAACACCACAAUAAAUUGAAAUGAAACAAUGAAGAUGUGCUUUAAGUGCAGACUUUAAACACCUUUUAUAUGUGCCUUACACCUUUUAAGGGACCAAAAGUAAUUGGACAAUUUGCUACUCAGCUGUUCCACGGCCAGGUGUGUGUUAUUCCCUCGUUAUUUAAUUUACAAAAUAGCAGAUCAAAGGCCUAGAGUUCGUUUCAAGUGUGGUAUAUUCAUUUGGAAUCUGGGGAGGUCAUCUCUCAAUAUGAAGUCCAAAGAGCUGUCACUAUCAGUGAAGCAAGCCAUCAUUAGGCUACAAAAUCAAAACAAACCCAUUAGAGAGAUGGCAGAAAUAUGAGGUGUGGCCAAAUCAACUGUUUGGUACAUUCUUAAAAAGAGAGAACACACUGGUGAGCUCAAAAGCCCUUCACAACAGUUGGCCAGAUGAAGAAAACUCCCCAGGAGGUAGGUGUAUCUGUCCAAGUCAACAGUUAAGAGAAGACUUCGCUAGAGGAAAUACAAAGGUUUCAUCGCAAGGUGUAAACCAUUGGUGAGCCUCAAAAACAGGAAGGCCAGAUUAGAGUUUGCCAAGAAACAUCUAAAAGAGCCGGUGUAGUUCUGGAACAACACCUUAUGGACAGGCGAGACAAAGAUCAACUUGUAGCAGAAUUAUGGAAAGGGAAGGAACUGCUCAAGAUUCAAAGCAAUACCAGCUCAUCAGUGAAGCAUGGUGGUGGUAGUGGCAUGCAUGGCUGCCAGUGGGACUGGAUCUCUUAUAUUUAUUGAUGAUGUGACGGCUGACUAAAGCAACAGAAUGAAUUGUGAAGUGUUUGGGGCAAUAUUAUCUGCUCAUAUUCAGCCAAAUGCUUUGAAACUCAUUGGACGGCACUUCACGAUGCAGAUGGACAAUGACCCGAAGCAUACUGCCAAAGCAACCAAAGAGUUUUUUAAGGCAAAGAUGUGGAAUGUUCUGCAAUGGCUAAGUCAAUCACCUGACCUUAAUCCGGUUGAGCAUGCAUUUCACUUGCUGAAGACAAAAGUAAAGGGAAAAUGCCCAAAGAACAAGCAGGAAGUGAAGACAGCUGCAGCAGAGGCCCGGCAGAGCAUCACCAGGAACCAAACAGUGUCUGGUGACGUCUAUGGGUUCAGACUUAAGGCCUGGCACAGCAUCACCAGGGACCAAACCCAGCGUCUGGUGACAUCUAUGGGUUCAGACUUAAGGCCCGGCAGAGCAUCACCAGGAACCAAACAGUGUCUGGUGACGUCUAUGGGUUCAGACUUAAGGCCUGGCACAGCAUCACCAGGGACCAAACCCAGCGUCUGGUGACAUCUAUGGGUUCAGACUUAAGGCCCGGCAGAGCAUCACCAGGAACCAAACAGUGUCUGGUGACGUCUAUGGGUUCAGACUUAAGGCCUGGCACAGCAUCACCAGGGACCAAACCCAGCGUCUGGUGAUGUGUAUGGGUUCCACACUUCAGGCUGUCAUUGACUGCAAAGGAUUUGCAAGAAAGUAUUAAAAAGUGACAAUUUGAUUUAUGAUUAUGUUAGUUUGUCCAAUUACUUUUGGUCCCUUAAAACAGUGGUCCUCAACAACUGGACCGCGGCCCGGUACCGGUCUGUGGAUCGAUUGGUACCGGGCCGCACGAGAAAAAAAUAUAUAAUAUUUUUUUUUAUUUUAUAGGGACGGCGUGGCGAAGUUGGUAGAGUGGCUGUGCCAGCAAUCGGAGUGU